AGCUUUCAAAAGUGUAUGCAGCAAGAGCCUGAGCUGCACGGGACUGUGUGGGAGGAGGAACGGGAGAAAGACGAGAAGAAGGAGCAGAAGGAGGAGAAGGAGCAGAAGCAGAUCCAGGCUGGGAGUCAGCAUCGGCUACAGGAGGCCAGGAAGGUGGAAGAGGCGACAACCUGCAGAGAACGCGCUGAGGUGUUACAGGAGCGACCUGAGGCACAAAUAAAGCUCCUGCGAGCGGAGGAUGCCAUCAGUGACAUGAAAAAGCAGGUCUGUCACCUGCAGGCCUCUCUGAAAUCUGGACAGGACGGUGCUGAGCAAAAACACAGCGGUCAAGUUCCUCACGUUCAUAGGGGAGAUGACGCAGAGAGACAGGAAGCAGGCACAGCGGUGGACCCAGUGGUGAGGAAGCAGAGGGAUGCAGCCGUGGCCGUUGAGCAUGAGAAGAUCUCAACCUUAGAGCCAAAACAAACCGAGCCACAGGCGACCACAGGUGGGCUCCUGGUGACCCUGAAGAGGAUCGAAGCGAUGGUCAGCAGCGCCCUCGGGAUGGCGGAGGUGGUGAGGCAGAGCGAGAGGAAGGUGAGCCAGGUGAGAGAAAAGAUGGAAAGCAUCACUCAGAAGGCGGAGGAGGAGGCUUUGGCUCGAUCAGCCGACACCAGGGAGCUGCUGGAGACCAAGGAGGAAUGUCCAGCACAGAAGUCCCCAGAUCCCUGUAUGCCACGUCAUCCUGAAACAAGCACAAUAAGCUUUGUAGAUUAUGCCGGACCUGAGCAGAAAAGCAGUACACAACUUCCUGCUUCAGCUCAAGUCCCAGAGGCUCCACAGCUGUCCAUGAAUGGUGGCCCAAGACAAGCCAGCGGCUGGGAGCUCCAGCGAGAGCAGAAACUCUUCCCGCCCGGGUUUCCAUUAAAACAAGGCGGCCGUAACUUGAGGGGACCCUGUAACUUCUCCAGCCCUUUCACCUCCCCGUUCCUCCGCUCUGGGCCCUCUCUGCCCUCCGUCAUGCCCACUCUGCCUGAGGAAGAGGAGGACUCUCCUGAGGAACUGGACAGUUCAUCCAGCUCCCCCAGCACAUCUACACCAGCCGAAAGCAAAGCCGUCAUCAUGGCCGCCCCCACCAUCGUCUACCCGCAGAAGGCCGUCCUUGUCCAACAAGAGGGACGCUCCCUUGAGCAGGCCAGGCCACACAGUCCCAGAGCUCGCCAGGCCAGAAACUCCUCUGGAGGACCCAUCACCACAGUUGACAGCACCGGUAAUGUGAUUGACCUGGUGAAGGACCCACUUCCGGAGCUUCAGCUCUCUGAGGAGGAUCGGCAGAAGAACCUGGAGCUUAUCGAACAGGCCAAGAUGGUCAGCGACCGCUUUCUGACCCGCCGGGGGCGACGAUCCACCAGCAGCCUCACCGACUCACCCACAGGUCUCUCUCCACCUCCAACACCAUCAACGUCACCAUCCUCGUCAAGAAGCAGCUCUGUCAUUGGUCCGUCUCAGACUGGAACCACAGAGACCACAAAUGGCUGCCCACAGUCAGUCAGUCAGCAUUUAGAGGUGCCAACAGGGAGAGAGCAGUCUGAUUUAAAGAACCAGGAUCAGGAGGAUGAGCCGUCGGUGGACUAUAAGCCCGUUGAGAAAAGAAAAGUGUCCUCUGGAACCCUAACGCCUCGCUUCGCUGUUCAGAAGGAGAACCGUGACCUGACCAGGCCUAAGAGUCCUCAGGCAGUCAGCAAAGCCGAUGAGGUUUCAGGCCGAAACCCAAACACGACCCCAGCCACAGGGGUGGCCAAGCCUGUCCCCAGACCCCCUACUCAGCGGGCCCCCUGCACAGCGGAGAUCAAAACUAUUGGUGCUUUCCCUCCGCUGAUGAGGGCUGUGUCGUGGGAUGCCGUUGGCAGCAUUAAUUCAAGAACUGGAGCCCCUGGUUUCCCACCAGCAGUCGACGAGGUUUUCUCAGAUAAAUCCAGAGACGGUGUGUACAAGUCCUCAUUGUACAAGGAUCUGCAAGCCCAACCAGGCAGCAUCCAGAAACUGUCCAAACUUAGAGAGGAGCACAAGCUGAUGCGUAACCAGAGUAUAGUUGGCUGCAAGUUACCGGACCUGAGUGAAGCUGCUGAGCAGGAAAAAGGACCUCCACCUUCUGCAAAUACCAGCAGCAGCGAGGAGACAAAGGAGAAGUCUGACUCCAUGCCAAACAUUUCAGAUGUGAUGCUGAGAAAACUCAGACUUCACCGAGGUCUGCCAGGCUGUGCGCCCCCGCUCACCGAGAAAGAAGUUGAGAAUGCAUUCGUCCAGCUCUCGCUUGCAUUUCGCAACGACAACUACACCCUGGAGACGCGGCUCAAGCAAGCCGAGAGGGAGAGGAACCUGACGGAGGAAGACACGGAGAAAGAGCUGGAGGAGUUCAAAGGCUCCCUGAAGAUGACUGCACCGCAGUGGCAGAACAUGGAGCAGCGGGAUGCCUACGAACGGCUCAUAGAGACGGUGGCGGUGCUGUACCGACUGACAACGAGGCUCUCCAGCAGAGCAGAGAUAGUUGGAGCGGUUCGGCAGGAGAAACGUAUGAACAAAGCCACUGAGGUGAUGAUGCAAUAUGUGGAAAAUCUAAGAAGGACAUAUGAGAAGGACCACGCAGAGCUGAUGGAGUUUAAGAAACUGGCUAACCAGAACUCAAACCGCUGUUAUGGAGCAGCCGUAGACGCUGGAGACGACGGGGUUCCACGGUCAUCAAGAUCCAUGUCCCUCACCCUUGGAAAGGCCUUGCCCAGACGCAGGGUGAGCGUGGCAGUGGUGCCUAAGUUUAACCUCCUCAACAUCCCGGGUCAGAGCCCAGCAGCUGCCGGCCCAGGUUCAAACGUGGGUCUCACACCGGGUCCUGCUCUUCCUGUCCUGUGUGAAGCAGCUGAUGCGAAAAGCAGCACUCCCACAGAAGCGGUUCAACCGGCAGGAGAGUGUGGAAAGAGUGGGACGGAGCCGGAAAGCGAGCCCGUCAAGCCACCAGUCAACUUGGAGGAGAUCAGAGCUGAGAUCAGAGCCGAGAUCAAGGCGAAGAUCGAGGAGGAAGCGUACAAUAAAGGCUACCAAGAGGGACUGAAGUACAGCAAAGUGCUCCUGGAAGAGAAGGAAGCAGAGGAAAUGGAUGCAGAGAAACUGCUGGAGCUGAAACACAAGGAUGAGGAAAGUGGAAAGAGGUAUAAGAGCAGCAGGAGGAUGGAGGAGGUGCUGGUGCUUCUCAGUCGGUUUUGUCCCUCGAUCUCUGUCAGCCGCCGCCUUCUUUGGGUCGUCCUGAUGCUCUUUGUGGUGAUGUGCGUGCUUAUCAGUAUUUUCACAUUCUUCAGCGACUACUACAACCGCCGCGAGGACACAUAAGGGACGAUUUUUACGAGACAACAAAGAUGGCUGGACCGAGCGAAACAAAAGAAGCCUGCAGCAGAGUUUCUGCUACGCUAGCAGCUCCUUAAGGACAGACGCACUCGAGUGGAAGGACUCUGACUGAGAUGGUCGGGGCUUGUUUGGAAGACUUUAUGAUUGAUUUCUCUUUUUUUCAAUACGUUUUGUUUAGAAGAGAGAGUUUGUCAUUUAUUGGAGGAAAAAAAAACAACUAUUUAGGUUUAGGGACCAAAUAUAGAGUGUGAUGAAACAUUUAAUUUAUAGGUGCAAAUGUAAUAAUACAUCCUGCCUUUGGUUCUUUGAAAUAUGACAUCUUCUUUAAAAUGGCACAGUAAAAAAAAAAAUCUGAAAUUUGAACACAAGAGAUUUUUAAUUUAUAUCUAAAAAAAAUGUUUGUUUGUUGGUUAAGUUCUAUAAAGGGCAUUUAAAGUUUAGACAUAAGCACAUACAAAGAAGGUUUUUUUUAGUGCAAUAUUUGGAGGUUAUGUAAUUUUUUGAUUUAGGGGGGGGGGGCACUGGCAGAUUUCCAGUUGGUUAUGAGAGCACUUUUUAGAUUACCUUUCUGAGAGACUGGGUUGAAAAUGAUUUUGCUACUUUACCUUUAAAUAAAAGGUGUUUGAGAAUCGAUCUCUACCA